CCAAACAAGAACGAAGCUUGAAAAAGCAGGGGUAAGACAAGAAGAUACUCUCUGGUUCUUUUCUCUUUCUAGAAAUCAAAAAAAUGUUAGAACCAAAUCAAACUAAAACACUUAAAUUUCUUAAGAAGCUUGUAAUAGCAAUUACAUUAGUGAUAAGUAUCCUAUCAACAAGAAGAACAAGAGCAGAUAGAUAUUAUUCAUCAGCAUCAUCAUAUUUAUUUACACCAUCAACAACAGCAAUAGGAGAAUGGUCAAGAGCAAGAGCAACAUAUUAUGCAGCAAUAGAUCCAAGAGAUGAAAUAGGAGGAGCAUGUGGUUAUGGAGAUUUGAAACAGAAUGGUUAUGGAAUGGCAACCGUUGGAUUAAGUAGUUCAUUGUUUAAUAGAGGUCAGAUCUGUGGUGCUUGUUUUGAGUUAAGAUGUGUUGAUGAUCUUAAAUAUUGUAUACCUGGUACUUCUAUCAUUCUCACUGCUACUAAUUAUUGCGCUCCUAAUUAUGGUUUAUUUACUCCUCCUACUCCUGCUUCUGGUAAUGUUGAUGUUGAUGAUGAUGAUGGUACUGUUGAUUCUGGUUCUGGCUCGGAUGCUGAUAAUGUUGGUGGUCUCUGUAAUCCUCCUAAUAAACAUUUUGUAUUGCCGAUUGAAGCUUUUGAAAAAAUUGCUAUCUGGAAAGCUUCUAAUAUGCCUGUUCAGUAUCGAAGGAUCAAGUGUAGAAGGGAGGGAGGAAUUCGGUAUACAAUUAAUGGAUCCGGCUUCUUUUAUUCAGUUCUGAUCACCAACGUUGCAGGCGUUGGAGAUGUAACUGCUGUAAAAAUCAAAGGUUCUAAAACAGGGUGGCUUCCGAUGGGAAGGAAUUGGGGCCAAAAUUGGCACAUAAAUGCUGACUUGAAGAACCAACCGCUCUCAUUUGAGGUAACUGCUAGCAACGGGGUUACAAUUACAUCUUACAAUGUUGCACCAAAAGAUUGGCAAAUAGGACAAACAUUUAAUGGCAAGCAAUUUGACUCCUAAAUUUUUCAUAAGAUUAUUAUUCUAUGGUGGUAAUGGAGUCCGCUACAGUCAACUAUGGUAAGUGUCUAGUAUUUGGAGAUACAACUAUGUUGAAACUUCAUGGCGGGCCUUCUGGUUUUUCAAGAGACUUCUUUUCCAAAAUGGAAGAGGAUUUUGUUUUUAAAUGGACGCAUCACGGAAGCAACUUUGAGUAGGCACCAAAUUAUGUAAGAUUGGCAUGUUAAAUUCUAGUUAGUUAAAGAGUGAGGUGAACAUUGUAAAGGGUAAACCCUAUGAUUACUUAGUGCUCAUAUAUAGACAUUAUAUUAAGAACGGGAAAGCGAUUUUUUAUAUAUAUUAUUACUUUUUUUUUUUUUGAACAA